GUUAUUGCUUGUGCAAUUCUUCGAAUUAUGUCGGAAGGAAUCGUUGGGACGUGUUCAUUGAUGUGUCCUGAUGAAGAACGACGUUUUCGCGAGAGGAAAGGAUGGUUGCAUCGAUUUGAGAUUGAUGACUCCCAGAAACACUCGAGAAGACCCAAUGCUGACAACAAGAAGAUAAUAAAAUGUUACAUCCGAUCAGGCCCAGGAAAAUCAUUAAUACGCCAAGAGGAAUUGAGACCCGGGCCAGUUCUCCUCUCUACUCUUCAAUAUUUAUUCACCCAGAUCGCCACUCGGUCAGAUGCUGAUUGGGCUGUUAUCUACAACUUUAUUUUCGAUCGUUUGAGAGCAAUCAGACAGGAUAUGACUGUCCAGAGAUUAGAUUCUGUCACAACCAUCCAGAUUCUAGAACCAAUCGUCAGAUUUCAUGUUUAUUCUGCACAAAGACUUUGUGACAGGAGCCUCGAGGAAUUCGUCCCAAAAUUCAACGAUGAUCAUCUCCUGGAAUGCAUAAAGGAACUUCUUGUAAGAUAUGACGAACGUGACCGUCACCCGAAGAAUUUAUUUUGUAGUAACAGAGCUCAAAUGGAAACGCUGUAUGUACUCCUGUAUCUGGGAAAUUGCGCAGCAAUCGAGAGAGCACUGAGUCUCCCAUUAGAAUACAAGGAAUCCCCCUCUAUGAGAAUGGCAUUGAAGAUUUCCCGCGCCUGGUACUUGAAAAAUUAUGUGAAAGUUUGUCGUUUGAUUGUCAAAUUGUCUCCUUUAAUGGCAAUGGCAGCAAUUACGAAUUUGCCGAAAAUAAGACGUGAUGCCCUCCUAAUAAUGAGUGCUGCCUAUAAUAGUACUCAAUUAUCUUAUCCGAGUGAUCAUCUCAGAAAGAUUUUAUUAUUCAAGAACAAAGAUCUGCUGCACAACGAGUGCAGACACUUUGGACUGGAAGUAAUCCAUGGGAAUAUUCGUUUUGAAAUGUUUAAAUUCAAAAAAGAGGAAAAAAAUGGACAUUUACAGAAAGUCUUUUCUGACGACAUGCUCAACUCUUUUCUACCGAAUAUCAUUCUCCAUGACGUCAAUAGCGUAGGGUCAGAGAAAUGAAGGGAGUA